AUGUGUGGUUUUAAACAUUGGGGAGUAAUUGCUCGUGGUUUAUACAAAAGAAAUUCAUUAGAAUGUUUUUAUCGUUGGAGAAAACUCAAGGUUUUAAUAGAUUGGUCCUAUACAAAAAAUUUUUUCUUUACUCCUAACGAAUUAAAAACUUUUUGGAAACUAGUAUCUAAAUAUGGGACUUCUUGGAAAAAAAUUUCAGAAAAUUUUCAAAAUAAAUCAAUAACACAAUGUAAAGAACUUUAUCACGAUAUGCAAAGAUUUUCGGUUAUAAACAAACAAUUUGCACCUGUGAGUUACAAAAAAAUUUCAGAUAUAGUACAAAAAAGUAUUGUGAGAGGACAAUCAUUUAAUGAUGUUAACUGGCGUAAAAUAGCAAUCGAAUUUCCAGGCAAGAGUCCAGAUCAAUGUAGAGAUAAAUGGAAGGGAACGUGGGAUGAAAUAGAAGAUCAAGUCCUUAAGGAUAUAGUGACAAAAUACGGAAAUGAUUGGGAAACAGUAGCUGAACACAUUGAGGGACGAACACCAAACAUGUGCCGAGACAGAUGGCAAAUAAUUAAUCCAGAUAAAGUUAAAUAUAAAAGAUUUUCAGAAAUGGACCAACAACUUUUAGAACAUGUUAUAUAUCGUAAUCCCAAUGAUUGGACUCAAGAGGAAGAUGAAUUACUUCGUCAGAAAAUGAAAGAAUAUAGGGGACCACCUGAAAGCAUGUGGGAAAAUAUUUCUAAAAGUAUAAUUGGACGAACAGCAUUUCAAUGUCGUGAAAGAUGGUUUCAUGCAGCAAACCCUGAACUCAAGUUUGGACGUUGGAAAUUAGAAGAAUGUAUUGCAUUAAUUAAUGAGAUUAAAAGGCAUGGGAAACGAUGGAAUAUAAUUAGCAAGAAUUUAAGACGACCAUACCAUAAUGUAAGGAAAAAGUAUAGGAAUAUGGUAAAAUAUAAUGAUAGACUCAUCAGGGCUUUACGCCAUCAAGAACUAACAGAUUCUGAUGAAUUGGAUACCAAAUAA